CAGCGUACAAGUGCCAGUGUGAGCGCUGGUGGGAGUCUCCGAAGUGGAAGGUCGAACGAUUGCGGGAUCGUGGUGGUAUUUCCCCCCCUAUGGGGUCGAUUAACGCCUUUGAAAUGUAAAGGGAAACGUUGCUUCGUUUGUUUGACAUCGUUCCGCAAUGACUAAACGCGCUCGAGGAGACAUGCGAAUCCGUUACGACAGUCAGUAAUCAGCCAGUCUUCACACCAUGAACCUGGUGCGGCUGGUAUGUCGCCACAAGACCGCCGUGGUCAUCGGGGGUCUGUGCCUGUUUGGAGUGGUACUCCUUUUCCUGGCCAAGUGCACAUCUGAAACCCUAAAAGCGCCAGAGCUGCCUGGACCAGCUCCCCAUUCUGAGACUGAACGACAGGAGGCCCGACCCAAGGAGAUGUCAGUCUUCCUUGUGGUGCUGGUCACCACUGGACCCAAGUACACGGAGAGACGAAGCAUCAUCCGCAGCACUUGGCUGGCGAAGCACGACCCAGAAGUGCUGAGCCUGUUUGUGGUGGGCACUGAGGGCUUGUCUAGCGAGGACAUUCAGAGCCUGAGUGCAGAACAGACCCGUCACCGUGACCUCCUCCUGCUGCCGCAACUGAGGGACUCCUACGAGAACCUGACCCUCAAGCUCCUGCACAUGUACUCCUGGCUGGACCAGAAUGUGCACUUCAGCUUUGUCCUGAAGGCCGACGAUGACACCUUUGCCAGAUUAGACCUCAUCAAGGAGGAGCUGAAGACCAAGGAGCCCAGCAGACUCUACUGGGGAUUUUUCUCAGGAAGGGGGAGGGUGAAAACAGCAGGGAAGUGGAAGGAGAGCACCUGGGCACUGUGCGACUACUACUUGCCUUAUGCCCUGGGUGGGGGCUAUAUCCUCUCUGCUGACUUGGUGCACUAUGUACACAUCAGUGCCAGCUACCUAAAGGUCUGGCAGAGUGAGGAUGUGUCCCUGGGGGCCUGGCUAGCCCCAGUGGACGUGCAUCGCGUGCAUGACCCCCGGUUUGACACGGAGUACAAGUCUCGGGGCUGCAACAACAAGUACCUGGUGACACACAAGCAGAGCCUGGAGGACAUGCUGGAGAAGCACCAGACCCUGGAGAAGGAGGGUCGUCUGUGCAAGGAAGAAGUGAAGCUGCGCCUCUCGUACAUCUACGACUGGAACGUUCCACCAUCCCAGUGCUGCCAGCGCAAGGAUGGCAUUCCUUAAGGGACCUCGGCACCCUUUCACAGUUUUAAUGUAUUUAUUUAUUUAUUUAUUUAUUUAUUUAUUUAUAUAUACCUUCAGCUUUGCCCUAGUUUGGUCGCUGUGGGAAUUCCUUGGGGAUCAGGGUGGGGACCUGCCGGGAGUUUCACGUGGGGACUGUAGUCUGUAUGGGCGAUUGUCUCCUUCGGCUCUGUCUUGUACCUACAGGACUCAUGGUGCAGUGUGUUUGUAUCUGCUGUCUGUGUUUAUGUGUGCACAGUGAUUAAAGGGCCUUGUGAAA